GAGAGAAUUAUGACAACUUUACUACUCGGAGGGUAAGCUGGGGGGUCCACAGGUGGCCCGGCGGGGCUGCAUGGUCGGGCUGAGCCGCUGAGUGCCGUGGAGUCCGCCGAGGCCGCAGCGUCAGCACUCAGCAGGGCGGCGCAGCGAGUCAUGGCUGACGUAUUGGCGGGCCCGAGCCACGAUCAAGGGAUGGAGCGUGCCGGCGAGGGGGGCGAGGGGCGCCGCGGCAAGCCCGAGGUGCUCCUGCAGGAGGUCACCAACAGCACGGCCCUCCGCGUGCUGGACUCCUUCAACAGGAAGAUCAGGGCCGCGGAAGAGAAACUCAUCCAACAGAGAGUCAAUGCUGCCAUCCUUACUGUGGAACUUGCAACACUCCAUGAUCCACAGAUGCAUGAACUGCUGGCACUGAAUACCCAAGGAUACUCAAACCUUUCAAACAAAAUUGACAAAUACAAGAACCUCCUCGAUCAGUUUUCACAAGAAAUCAAAUCUUGUUUUCCACAAAGUGCUGAAAAUCCUUUACAAGACUUAUCCAUUCUGAGCCCCUCAGACUCACCAUCUCACCCACUUCUGGGUUAAUAGACAAGUUUUUUUCUUUGGAUAACAGCAUCUCCGCAUCCUAUGUGCCUGACAUAGCACAAUUCUAUCGAGACAGUCUGUGAAAACUGCUCAUAAAGUUAAAUAAUAAUGCUACCAAAAAUUUAUUUAUAUCACAUAUCACAAGCCUGCACAGAUAAUGCCAACAAUGAAAAGUUAUAUUGUUAUAGAAAUUGCCAUGAUUACAAUUACUUUUAUCUUUCAAACUAGAAUAAGUUAACCUAAGCAAGUUCCAGUUCCAAGUUCCUAAUUUACAAAGGUUUGCUGUUAUCCAAUAAACAUACAGAAAUUUGUGUGCCACAUAGAAGAUAAUGUUAUAUUUAGAAAUUUCAUGAUCAUUAGAUAGCAGAAGAUAAAUGAGAACAGAAGUUAUUUGUGUUAUUGGACAAUGGGAUUCUUCAUUUAUUGAUUUUGUUAUAUUAAUAUUAUUUGUUUAUUUAGUAAUUUAUUUUUAGAUUACAGUUUCUCAACUAAAAUACAUGUAAUUUGUCUUCUCUUGAAUGCCAUUUGAUCAUACAUAUUCUAGUAUAAUGGAUACCUGUAUAUUUUAUAUUCUCUUUAUUUUUAUUUAUUU